GCAAGAGGCACGGAGUAGGAAACAAUUAUAUUAACUUAGGUGCUUUCACAACUUCAGUUUCUUCCAUCAACCCUUAAUAACCAGGUCACAGAGGAGACCAACACUAAGAAUUAGGAGUCACACGGUCUGUCCAUUCACUUUUCGGGCAUCUGUCCCUCAGUAUGAGCCACUGGAAUGUUGGCCUUGACUCCAACUUGUUCUCGUCAGAAGAAGCAAGCAUGGAAUUGUGAAAAUCACAUUAAACCUAACUGCUUCACUGAUGCUUUUUUUGUGAAGCACUCCCAUCUUCCUACCGUGUAUCCCCUUAUCCUUCAGUCCCACACCAAACUCUUCACUGCCCUUUGAUGGACCUGGUGAUUCAUUCAGUGGAGCAGAGCAAGAAAUGCCAGCCUUGUCAGUGAGGGAACAAUGAAAUAAUGACCACAGGAUUAAUAUUUGGACACCAGCAUCUCAGAAACUUGAAGCAAGUCUGCCUGUCAGCAGAACUGAAGGAACUGGAUGACGACCACCUUAUGUGAGCAGCUUCUCAGUGAUUUAGAUGAGUUCAGGGUCACCUGGGAGAUGGAUGGAAGUGAAGGAGAGGAUGGGUGAAGACCCAGGGGCACAGAAGGAACAGGGAUAAAGACAUCUUCAGAUGACUAAUGGUCCUAAUACAGACUUGGAGAUUGGGGUUGACUAUUUGUGUUUGGACAUUUGUUUGCCAACACAGGAGAAGAGAUCCAUCAGGAAGUCCCAUGAAGUCUGCACAGACUUGACAGGAGAGGAGGGGAAGGAAGAACCGGGAGACUUGGAUGGAGUUGACAAUGUGCUUGCAGUUGCUGCCUUUGCCAUUCUGUUCGUUAUCAGUUUCCUCUACAGCACCUUCGUCACCGUUGUCAAGGUUCUGCAGUGACCAGCAGAUACACGACCCACAUUCAGUCAAGAAAUCCCCGUGUGGCUGCUGAUGUUUGGAAAUGCAGUCUCCCUCUCACUCACUCAGCAAUCCUAGGCUACUGCACUGCAACCGCUCAUUUCAGGAGAUAAACCUCCAAAUGCACUGGGGAUGCUGGAGGGGAAAUAGGGGGACAGAGAGAGGUAGGUGGGAGGGAGGGACAGACAGGAGAGGACAAUACAGUGGGAAAAUGUCAGGGCAUUUAAAAUGACACUGGAGGGAGGGGGAAAUACAAGAGUGGGAGAAGAAGGCAGGGUUAAUGUUUGGGAAUGGGGAGCAGGGGAUGGCAGUGUGGUCAGUGAAGGAGGAGAGGGGAGUGAGGAUGGGGG